CCCCCAAACUGAUGUUGGACUGCUCAGUGGACUUGCUUUUCCUCUUAGAGGGCUCUACCACUCUCAACCUGGAGGAGUUCCUGCGCCUCAAGACCUUCCUCAAGCGCUUCUUGCAAGCUGUCAUGGGUCCCGACACCCCCGCUAAACUGGGACUGGCCGUGUAUGACGGGGAGGCUCGCGUGGAGGCCCAGGUGGGCAAGUUCCAAGGGGAUAUUAAGGAUCUCCUUAAAGCCGUUUAGGGGCUUAAGUCCCCGGGUGGGUCGAGGCGAACGGGCAACGCGUUACUCUAUGUGACGCACCACGGCUUCCUGAGCGCGCCAGUGUUCGCUGAUGUCCAGGACGACCUCCCCCACGUGGUAGUACUGCUCACAGCCAGCCCCACCACAGACGAGGUGGUUGAGCCUGCCAAGUAUGCACAGGAACGGUAAAUCUUCCUCAUAGGGGUAGGGCCAGAUAUGCUCAAAGGACAGCUGAACAACAUAACAGGGAACCCCCAACGCAUGCUCACCUACCCCUCCCUAGUUAGAUUCAACGCCAAAAUCCCAGAGCUCAGGGCCAAGAUCUGCAGCGUGGACAGUCAAGGUACUGUAAAAUGAAGGGAUUUUCUGAUUGAACAGAUAGUGAGAGAGGGUGACAGUGGGGAAAGAUAGAGUGAGGUUGUGUCAAUGGGCAGAAGGCUGGAUUCAAACCCAUGCCGACACUGUAGCCUAGACGUAUGCCGGUCCAGUUGCAGCCACAAACCAAAAUACAUUUUGAUCUCUGAAAUCAAAUUAUUUUUUUUUAUUAUUAUUUUUUUUGUCAUUUAGCAGACGCUCUUAUCCAGAGCGACUUACAGGAGCAAUUAGGGUUAAGUGCCUUGCUCAAGGGCACAUCGACAGAUUUUUCACCUAGUCGGCUCAGGGAUUAGAACCAGCGACCUUUCGGUUACUGGCACAACGCUCUUAACCACUAAGCUACCUGCCGCAAAAUCAAACCUUAUGCUUUACUGCUUUUUUUAAGUUACGCAAAACAAUGAUACUGGUGGAUUUUUAAAAAAAUUACUUCCUAGUGUAGUGGCUUCGUAGUUGCAUGAAAUCACACAAAUAAAUUACGAUUCCAUGUAAAUGCCUGCUGUGCAAUGUUAAUGUAAAAUGUGACCAUUUGGCUUAUUUUGGCAACUCAAUCUCCACUUCCUCUAUUGUCAACCUUAUGUGCAUCUACUCCAGAACAUAGUUUGUGAUAAUGUAGUCAGUCCCACUCCUUUCAUGAUUUUUAGAUAGCACAGUGAAAUGAUAGGGGGAGAAGGUGGUGGAUGUGCUAGAAUAGCAGUGGGUUGGUUUCGAAGGCAGUGGCUUAAGCCACUAGACCACCCGAGGCCACUUUAUUUAUUAUUUUAUUUAUUUAACCUUUAUUUAACUAGGCAAGUCAGUUAAGAACAAAUUCUUAUUUACAAUGGCGGCUUACACCGGCCAAAUCCGGACGAUGCUGGGCCAAUUGUGCGCCGCCCUAUGGGACUCCCAAUCACGGCCGGUUGUGAUACAGCCUGGAAUCGAACCAGGGGGUCUGUAGUGACGCCUCAAGCCCUGAGAUGCAGUACCUUAGACCGCUGCGCCACUCGGGAGCCCACUUGAUGUGAUAUUGUUGAUGUUUGGCCCUCAGGUUGCCUGAGUCAGGCGAUGGACCUGGUCAUUGCACUGGACGGCUCGGCGGGCAUGGGCAACAACAACUUCACCAACCUCAGGGACUUUGUCCGCAGCGUCAGUGUACAGUUCGACAUCAACCACGACAUGGCCCGGAUGGGCCUGGUAGUUUACGGCCGUCAGCCAGUCACCGUCUUUUACCUCGACACCCACGAUUCGGGCUCGGCCGUGCUCUAGGCCGUUGCCGAAGCAACCUACGUGAGCAGCUCCAGCUCUACGGGCUCUGCACUCCUCCACAUCCAUUCCAAGGUGUUGACGGUCAAAAAGGGGGCGCAGCCAGGGGUCAACAAGGCCAUCGUUGUGGUUACGGACGGCGCUGGAAGGGACGACGCAGCGGUGCCUGCCCAGAAGAUCCGGGACAACGGCGUGUCUGUGUUUGUCAUUGCGAUCAGGGACAUGCAAAGGGAGAGGCUGCUGCGCAUUUUCGGGACGGAGGACCACAUGAUUUCGGUGCUGUCUUACGAGGACCUGAAGUACUUUGAGCAUGUGCUGAUGCAGAUGGCGUGCUCAGGUAAAAGGAUGGAUAGAGACACUCUUUUAUCAGAGGUGAAGAAGCCAGUAAACCUGUGUAAGCCCAACCCCUUUAUGAAUGACGGGACCUGCAUCCUAUCAGGCGGGAGCUUCCGC